UGAGGAACAGCUUGGCUUUCCGUUGACUCGGUGUAGAUGAAAGCAGACGAGUUGAGGAGAGCAACGGUCAUUAACUUCAGCGUUUUUGCUCGCUUAGGAGGAGUUUUAAUCGAAGAUGAAAGUAUUAACAGUUAAUAUUUUAGACACGUUUCCAUGUUGUUAACAUUAGGUGAAAAUUCAGCGAGAGGAACUGUUUUAUUAAGUGAGGUCGCGUGAUAGUAUUCGUUUCGCUGCAUCAGGUCACCUGUUGGACUGGGCUUGCAGGUAAAAACGGUUGUCGGUACACAAAUAAAACGAAUUGACGUUCAUAACAGCCGUUAUGAUUCCUGAAUGUCCACGAACGACCGAGCCCAGAAGCCGAAUUCGGUGUGAACCCGGUCAGAACCGCUCCGGUUUGCUGCGCGAGAUCCGAACCGCCAUCAGGAGCGAGCCGUUCACCGAGCACUAUGACGUCAUCCCCGGCAGAGAGCUGGGCAGAGGUAAGUUUGCUGUGGUGAGGAAGUGUGUGGAGAAGAGCACAGGGAAAGCAUACGCAGCGAAGUACAUGAGGAAAAGGAGGAAGGGCCAGGACUGCAGAACGGAGAUCAUUCAUGAGAUCGGCGUGCUGGAGCUGGCAGCGGCCUGUCCACGAGUGGUCAAUCUCCACCAGGUCUACGAGACGGCCAGCGAGAUGGUGCUCGUUCUGGAAUACGCUGCAGGAGGGGAGAUUUUUAACCAGUGUGUGGCAGACAGAGACGAGGCCUUCAAAGAGGAAGACGUGAAGAGACUGAUGAGGCAGAUCCUGGAGGGAGUUUCCUUCCUUCACAGGAACAACGUGGUGCAUCUGGACCUCAAACCUCAGAAUAUCCUGCUGACCAGCGAGUCUCCUCUCGGGGAUAUAAAGGUGGUGGAUUUUGGCCUGUCGAGGCUGGUGAGCAGCAGUCAGGAGAUCCGGGAGAUCAUGGGCACGCCGGAGUAUGUGGCACCGGAGAUCCUGAAUUAUGAGCCAAUCAGCACAGCGACUGACAUGUGGAGCAUCGGCGUCCUGGCGUACGUGAUGCUGACGGGGAUCUCGCCGUUCCUGGGGGACGAUAAGCAGGAGACCUUCCUCAACAUCUCUCAGAUCAACAUCAGCUACACGGAGGAGGAGCUGCAGCAUCUGGACAGAGCCGCCAUCCACUUCAUCAAGAGCCUGCUCAUCAAAGAGCCAGCGAGCCGAGCCACCGCAGAAGACUGUCUCAAGCACCAGUGGCUCCAGCCGGAGGAGGCCUGUCUGCAGAGCGUCUCGGAGCCUGCCGAUGAAGACGAGGAGGAGGAGGAGGAGAGCGCUCCGGAGCUGAUCGUAAUGGCCGCUUACACCCUGGGCCAGUGCCGCCAGUCCUCCGACAAAGAGAGCCUGACCCCGGACCAGAAGGCCAUCUCCAAACGCUUCAAGUUUGAGGAGCCCUUCUCUGCGCUGCCUGGAGAGUUCAUCUACUGAUGCACGCGUCUGUCCUUCCGUCUCUGCUUCUCUCUCACCUCGUGAUUUCAAUUGUAAGCCAAACAGGUUUUGUGUUUUGUUUCGCUGUUUGCUCUUGUUUCCGUUUGUGCUGCUUUAUAUUUUCUCGGUUAAGAUACUGAAGCCUUGCUGUGGUUCUCUCAGUUUUCGUUUUUCUCUUUCAAUAUUUUUUUUCUGGUGCCAUGCUUACAUAUUUGAUAAGGGUCAAGCUUGUGAUCAUUCCUUUUUGCCAUGUUUGUACAAAAUGAAUGUUGUUUGUUUUUCUGCGACACGAAGGCGAGCAGAAUUAAAUGUAAAUUAAUCCAGUUUUAUUUUAAGAGUAUUUCCGUGUUAUGUUUAAAAAAGCCAUUCUGUGUGUUGAGCUCCUGACCGACGUUAAGGUCAUUCCCGGGUAAAGAUCCCACAGCAAUAACCCUUCCAUUCACACGCAUAUAUAUGAAGAACGCGUGUCUUUCUGUGUUAAUUUUAACUCAUGUUAGAGUUAUAACUGUAAAUGGAAAUGUCACUAUAAAGAAUAUUUUUAAUGCCAACAAAUUUCAAAGUGACUGUCUUGAUGCUGUAAAUAAAAGUUUGUCUCGACUGUU